UGCAGACUAUAUAGUUCCAAUUAGGGUUUUAUCAGCCCCCUUCUCUCAACCGAAGCUCAUAACAAGCAGCCAGCCCCCUCACUUGCUCCCCCACUCUCCUGCAGAUUCAAGAUACAGAAAACUGUAAGCAUGGAGGCCGUACCUAUUGCUGAAGACGGAAAGACUCACAGCGAUAUCUUGCUUUUCAACCGAUGGACUUAUGAUGACGUUCAGGUUCCCGAUCUAUCAGUGGAAGACUACAUCACUGCUACCGCUUCAAAACACCCGAAGUUUAUGCCUCAUUCAGCUGGGAGGUACCAAGCAAAGAGAUUCAGGAAGGCUCAGUGCCCAAUUGUAGAGCGUUUGACUAACUCCCUCAUGAUGCACGGGAGAAACAAUGGUAAGAAACUGAUGGCUGUUCGCAUUGUCAAGCAUGCCAUGGAGAUCAUCCAUCUGUUGACUGAUGCCAACCCCAUCCAGAUCAUUGUCGAUGCCGUUAUUAACAGUGGACCAAGAGAAGAUGCAACCAGAAUUGGGUCUGCUGGUGUUGUCAGGCGUCAGGCAGUUGAUAUCUCGCCUCUAAGGCGUGUCAACCAGGCUAUCUUUCUUCUUACAACUGGUGCACGUGAAAGUGCAUUCAGAAAUGUCAAGACAAUAGCAGAGUGCCUUGCUGAUGAGCUAAUCAAUGCUGCCAAGGGUUCGUCUAACAGUUAUGCUAUUAAGAAGAAGGACGAGAUUGAACGAGUUGCCAAGGCAAAUCGUUGAAGAAGGUUUAUGGUAUUUGUUUCUAGUGGGUUAUCUUGGCUUUUGUGAGAAACAGUUAUGAAAACAAUUGUCUCAUGAUGGAUUGUGAGUUUAGAUUUUAUGUACUGCUUUUGGUACUUUAAGCUGUUAUUCUCUUUAAUUACUAUAUGUUAAGAGAUUUUGUUGUCGA